AUGCAUCCUAACACUAUAAUAUCCCUUCCUGGCGCGCGCUCGAGCAGAACGAAUAAGUACUCAAGCGGAGAGUUAGUAUACCAUGCAUUUAACGCGGGUAGAGAACCCAAGGGCUUGAACGAUCCAAAGGAGCACUCAUCCAAUGCAUCUCCAGGCCACCAGGAUCAUGAUCAUAUAUACACGUUCGACCAAGCGCGAAAUGCGCUGCUUCUAGAAGCACUUUUGUGGAACGAGGCCGUUCCUGUAGUUGAGAACAGACUGCUGUACACGCGCGUGUGCAGCGGCAUGCGCGAAUCUGCUCCAUCUCACUAG